AAUUUGCGCAUGCGUCAGACCAUGUGAUUCUGUUUCAAGUAAACUGGAAAUGGCGUACCGUUGGUCACGAUUAACUCGAGCUAUUCCUCGUCCAAUCAGUGCUCGCGCAGGAAUUCGCAGUUUCUCGUCUGCAGGACCUACAUCGAGAGUGCAAGUGGCGACUAGAGUUGCGAUAGGUGUUGCAGGAGCCUCAGCUCUCACUUAUGGAAUUAGUAAAUUUCUAAAAAGAGAACAGAAACUUGGAAUUCUGUCUGUGGCUCAUGCUGCAGUCGCUCCAGCCACGUCGCUACGACCGGAAGCUCAGGAUUCAGUUUUUUCGCAAACAAAGAAACACGCUUUGUACCUUUGGAUUCAUUUGAAACCACAUGCUAAUGUGAAGGCGUGUGGAAAGGUGGCAGCAAACUUGCAGAACCACAUAGACGUUGUUGUUCCUCCAAAAGAAGCUGAUGAAGAGGAAGAAAUCUGGGCUGGAGUUGGAUUUGGACCAAAUUUCUAUCACCAAGUAAAGCAAACUGAUUAUGUUGUUAGAUCAGAGUCGAGUAGUCAGACAUUAAGUACAGGUGCAGAGAGUAGUCAGACAUUAAUUAACGGUGCAGGGUCACCAUGGGACAUGCGCACUGCAUCCCUUUGAAAAGGGUGCGCUUUUUCAAACACUCAGUAACUUAGACACUCUAAUUUGCACUGAAGGCAACACUGACUGAAGUCUCUCUAUAGCCUGAAUUGGAACGAUCAAGACGUUGUGGUAUGAGGUUGCGGUAGACCGUGACUCUGGUAGCUAAA